AUGUACUUUUUACUAGGGGGCGCUGGUGUUAUUCUAACAAAAAAAAAAGAAAGAAAAAAAAAAGCUUUUUUACUAAGAAACGAAAACGUUUGUGGGCUAUUUUGUGCAGUUUUUCUAGCAGAGAAAGAAAGUAACCACCUUGAGGGGUUGGCUGGCGGAGAACUCUCUACAAGUACAAGAAGCGAUGGCGGAUGAUGAUUGGGAAAUGGAGUCCUCGGACUGUGAUGGGAGCGACGAAGAAGAUGCAGAGGUUGAGACGGAAGCAGAGGUGGAAACACUUAGGCAGCUGAGGAAGAUCAUGGCAGGUAUGGAGAGGCAGCAGCAGGGCUUGGGAGCGAACGGGGUUGUAGGUGUAGGAUCCGAUCAGCAGCCGAGGACUCAGCAGGCCGCAGAUGCCAAGGCGAAGUUCAUGGUUUCGAAUUCACUCUGCUCUGCGUUGAUGAAGGUUCGAUGUCUAGAUCCCUCAGUCUCUACAGUGGAGUUGAGCUGUGACAUCUGUGACACCCCAAAGAAGUAUGGAGGGCUGAAGGGACUGAUCCGACAUGCGCAGACAUCGGACAAACGAAAGCCGGCAAAGCACCGGGGUUACGCAAAGGCCAUCGCCGCAGUGAACGCGGAAGCGGAGGCCUUUGCUAGGUCAAGGGUGCCGGCUCGAAACCUUGCAGUGCAGCUUGAUGCUCCAGUGAAGAGAGGCACCAGCGACAAGGUGAUAGUUUGGCCGCCAAUAGUGAUAGUGGAGAACUGCCGCAAGGUGAAGGAAGGUAGACUUUGGUCCGGACUAGAUGCACAAGAAGCCAAGUUCGAAUUGUUCAAGGGGUUUUACAUCCAGACGGCGAAACCCCUUUAUAAUCACGAGGGCCACAUGGGGGUUGUUGUCCUCCAAUUUGAAGCCUCGGACGACGGGUACCAUCACGCUGUGGCCUUGGCGGAUCGCUUCAAAGACGCAAAACGUGGGAAGGAAGAGUGGCAGCAGUUGAAGAUGGAGAUGAAGACGAAGGGCAAAGAUGCAAAAACGCACAAGAAGGCAGGGGCACACAGGGGAGAUUGCAGUGGCAUGAUCACCACUACCAGGGGACCAAAUGCUGGGAGUACCAAUGGAACUGGAACUACUGCGCAGAGUACCACCAAUGGGACACAUGGGGGAAGCUCCACGAAUGGGACCAAUGCCGCUGGUCCCAAUGAUGGCCCUUCUGGUUUGUCGAACAGCUGCUCAAUGUCAAUCUCAAGAGCUGAAUCGUCAGCUUGGCCAGAGCCUUCAGAAGGAAACGGGAAUGGGAACGGACAUGGGAAUGGGAAUGAAAAUGGGAACGGGAACAGAAAUGGAAGUGGGUCUAUGCAGUGCAGCGGGGGGGGGAGUUCGUCACCAUCUGAUGACUUACCAGCCCCACAAGUGGACAUGCAUGUGGAGCAGAAAACAGUUGCAGCAGCAUAUGGACCUGCCUCUGCCUCUAGUGCCAAUGCCAUACAGGACAAGGUGGGACCAACGGAAGAUGGCCCACGGGUUGUUCAGCUGUAUUGCUAUCUAGCGGAGCCGGAAGAUAUGAAGAUCCUUCCUUGGAACAAACCACUGAUCAAGUGGGAAGAGGCGUCUUAUGAUCAGAAGGUUCUCCAGUCAAUGAAGAAGAGAAAGAUGGUGGAGGAACUGCAUCAAAAGAUCAAGCGCCAUGAAAAGAACGAGGCGCGAAUCAGGGAAGAGAUGGGGAACAAGAAGGUCACAGAACGGAUCGGCAAACGAAUGGAAGGAAUUGCGGCAUUGGAGGGACAAAUUGCUGCUUUGAAGACACAAAUUAAGUAUCUGGAAAAGGCAAAUGAGGCCGAGAGUGUGCAGGAGGCGUGCCAGCUCGGGAGCCGUGGAGUASUAYUUGCAAGGGAGAAAACGCKCGUACUUACUCAGUCGGUCCACAACCGUGAGGAUGCCGUCGUGCCCGAGCCGGUCGCGAGGAAACGGACCGGUGACGUCCAUGGCAAUGGAGAGACCGGGUUCCCGUGGGAUAGGCAUCGGGUGUAACUCGUCAUAGGGAUUGCGGUUGCGGGGCUUGCUGCGUCGGCAAACUUCGCAAGAGUCGCAAUACCGAGU